AGAAAAAAAUACUUUUUUCCAGAGGUAUGAUGACUUUUUACAAAGUUUGAUGGACGCCGUGGAAGAACAAAAACCUGAAGUGAAAAAAACGGACAUAAAAGAAGAAGAGGACGAGCAGGAUCAAUAUGGUAGUGUAACGAAUACACAGAUGCCAAAACAGCUUAAAUAUAAAUGGCUGUCAGAAGAUGAACUCGUGGCUCAAUGCAUUCUCUUUUAUUUUGUUGGAUAUGAAACUACUGCCUCAACGAUAGCUUACAUGGCGUAUGCAUUGGCAACAAACCAACAAUGGCAAGAUAAAUUAAUUGCCGAAGUGGAUGAAGCGUUCAAGAAGCACGGCGAAGUUGGUUACGAUGCUGUGAGAGACAUGAAACUUAUGGACGCAGUCGUAUCAGAAACUUUGAGAAUGUAUCCACCUGCUUUAAUGACAGCACGAGUAGCGACAUCAGAUUACAAGUUAGGUGAUACAGGUAUAGUUUUAACAAAAGGAAUGAUUGUGAUUACUCCACUGUACGCAAUGCAUUACGAUGCCGAGUUUUUUCCUGACCCUGAAACUUUUAAUCCCGAAAGGUUCAUGGAUUCAUCUAAUGUUAAACAUCCACAAUAUGCAUAUUUACCAUUUGGCGAGGGACCGAGGAACUGUUUGGGAAUGAGAUUUGCUUUGCUGGAGAUCAAGUUAUGUAUGGCUAACAUAUUGCAUCAUUACAGAUUUAAAACUCAUUCAACAACAAAAGUACCUUUGGAAUACAAGAAAUAUUCUGCGUUCCUCAGUGUUACCGAACUACCUUUGGCUUUAGAGAAAAUUAAUCCAAGUGCGGAUUCAACAUCGUAAAAUUGAGAUUGCACAUUGGUUUUUAUUUUCACCCGUGAGAAGAUGACAUAUUCAAGCAAAUUGAAAAAUAUCAACAUGCAUACUUCUUUUUGUAAAUAUGAAUGUAAUCUUCAGUAUUUAAACUAUUUUGUAUAUAAAGGAUGGUUUAUGAAAGAAAAAUAAACAGUACAGAGGAAAAAAAAUGAAUUUAUUUCGUGUAUGUAAAAGUGAUCAAUGAAGUUAUUUAAAAUGUU